AUGGGGAGCCUCUCGGACGCGUCUGUCUGUUGGCUGGUCGGGUAUUUUCAACGCGGUGCCCUUCGGGCGCGGUGCGUUGUGUAUAUUAGUAGAAGGCCAGGGGCUUCGCGUCAGUAUCCUCCGACGUGCCUUCGCGUCUCUUCGAGAAGUGGAAUGGCUUACUUUACAGCGUGGCGCACCGCGUUGCGGGCGAGUGACCACGUAGCUGGACAAUUCAUGCAUGGGACGGGUGCUGAUGCUUCACCGCGUCGGCGGGGCGGUGAAGGCCUGGCCUGGGGUGUCCAACGGGUUCCACCCCGUUCGAGGGUCGAUAGGUGGAGGGCUUAGGGACUUAGGGGGCAGGGGGUAGAUGGAAUCUUGUCCCACCCUAUCGCCGGGCGCGUCAAGUCGAGCCAAGCCGGAGGGCCUUCGGCUUCUCUUUUGCUUUUAUAGUAUGCUUCUGCGCGGCUUGUUAUCGUGGUCACGGUUAUCGCUUUUGGGGAAUUACUAGGGUGAAGGAACUAGAAGGGCCAACUCAUUUCUGGCGAUAGAGCUGCGAGCAUCUUCGCUGCUGCGGUGACUUGCACGUGGAAAGUGUAGAGUGCCUCGGAAGCAGCGUGGGGAAAGGCGCUGGAGUAGUGAGAUGAGAGUACUUGCUGCACUCGUCUGAGGAUUGUCUGGCGCAAGGUAGGUGUGAACCUUAUCGCCCUUGUUCAUGUGUUUCGGCGUAGAUAGCUAAAAGAAAUGGCCAACUUGAACUUUAUUGAUAGCCUCGCUACUUAAUAUCCCUGCGGGCCUCGUCCAGGAAUUAGAUGGGCGUGGCGUGUUGGCCGUAGAGAUGCAGCACUAUCAGGGACGCUACACACGUGCCAUGGCAAGAACUAGCAUGAUUAACAUAAGGAGCAGAAGCGAGGUGCUUCAGUUUUAGGCGCCCUCUGUAUAGUCGUAGUUUGCAGCAGGCUUGUUCGCUGCUCUAGUGCUUCUUACUUCUUAGCCAUUUGCGGCCAUUGCCUUUUAUUGUCAUGUCCUAUCCGGAAUCUUGGUCUUCGUCGCUACUGGCUCGAGUGCUAUAAUAUACUUACUACUCCUAUCUACCUUGGCGCCAAGUCAGCGAAGCACUGCACAAAAACGGCCAACACUGUCCCCUCUGUCUUAAUCGUGGAGGUGCUCUGCUUAGCCGUGACUGCAGUUUUUUCUUGUCGGUUUUUGUGUCUCUUCUUUGUGGUUCUUCAUUUGUUUCCACGUGCCCCUCCAAAGUCCAGGACAAUGGGCGGCAAGUUUGUGCUGUAGGAUUCUGGACGGGCGCGGAGGUUUUCGGCAUGCUUGGGGCUCUCUGCUCGUAAUUGUGGGCGGGCCGUGUUUUUCUUGAAGGAGCUCAAUUCGCGGCGGGUGUUCAUCUCUGGAUUCUUAUCAUGCUGGGAGAGAUGCACUCUCGCGCUCGCCUGGGUUUUUGUCGUCUUUGUUUGUCGCUCCAUUAUAGACCAAAACUAAUUUCAAGGGCCAAACGUGGCCAGGCUUGUGGUCUGGGAUGCUUGGAAAUCAUAGGAAAAAGGCACGGGGUAGAAGUAUACAUCUCAGGCGUAUCGCUGCAGAUGGUUUAUAUGCUGCACGGAAAUCAUGGAUAAAGUGCACGUUGAAGAUGUGCCCGCACCGGGGUCGUGAUUCUUAAGGCUUUCGCGCUUCUCCUUUUUUUGGAGAUCGAGGUACGCGAAUCAUGGGUGAGGUGUGCCCCGUGGCCGAUGCCUCUUGCCUCGUGAAAGUUCUUCGACUGUCCGGACGUCUUUUCCAUGAUCUUGCUGCUGGUGAGCAUCGUGUUGGCCGUAGCCCUCAUCCCUCCCUGGGCAGUAUUUGCUAAAGGAGUCAGCUUGCUUGCUGCGCGUAACUUGCUUGCUGAGCAUGGCUGGCUAGCUAGGCGUGGCGAGCGUGCUACCUUUAGCUUGCUUGUUUGCUAAGUAAGCAUGGCUUGCUUGCUAAGCAUACAAAAUGGCGAUGGCCUGUCUCCUGGGCAUAGCUUGCUUUCUCAGCAUAGUGGGCUUGGGCUUGCUAAGAGUCUUUUGCUUGCUAGCGUAGUCGUAGCACGCUUGCGAGGCGUCGCUUGCUUUCUAGGCACAGACUGCUUGCUAAGCAUAGCUGGCUUGCUAAGCAUAGCUGGCUUGCUUAAGCAUAGCUGGCUUGCUAAGCGUAGCUGGCUUGCUAAGCAAAGCUGGCUUGCUAAGCAUCCAGAGCUGGCCCGCUAAGCAUCCAUCCCUGGCCUGCUAAGCAUCCAUCCCUGGCCUGCUAAGCAUCCAUCCCUGGCCUGCUAAGCAUCCAUAGCUGGCUUGCUAAGCAUCCAUAGGUGGCUUGUUAAGCAUCCACGGCUGGCUUGCUAAGCAUCCAUAGCUGGCUUGCUAAGCGUCGCCUUCUUUUUACUGGGCGUAGCUGGCUGGCUACGCGUAGUGUGCUUGCUGGGCAUAGCGUGCCUGCUGCGCGUAGCUGGUUUGCUGAGGGAGCGACGCUGGCUUGCUGAGCAUCGCGCGUUUGCUGGGCAUAGCUUGCUUGCUCAGCAUGGCUUGCUUGCCAAGCAUAGCGCGAUCGCUCCGCAUAGCUUGCGCGCUAAGCAUGGCUUGCAUAUGUAGCCUGCUUGCUGAGCAGGGCUCACCUUCUAAGCGUAGCCUGCUUGCUAAGCAUAGCGUGCUUGCUAAGCGUAGAGCACGUGCUCGCUGGGCGUAGCUUGCUUGCUAGCUAAGCGUAACUUGCUGGUUACGCAUAGCUUGCUUGCCAGGCAUCGGCGUCGCGUGCUUGCUAGGCAUAGCUGGCUUUCCACUCGGCUUGCUUGCCGAGCAUAGCUCCCUUUCCUAUGCAUGGCCCGCCUGCUAAGCCUAAGCUGCCUGGUAAGCAUAGGUUGCUUAUUAGGCUUAAUAGCUUGCGUGCUAGGCAUGUGCUCGGCGUAGCAGCUUCCUUGUUAAGAGUAGCCUGCUUGCUAGGCGUAGCUUGUUAUUCCGCAGCAAUCAUAAUUCGCUUGCUGAGCGCAGCAGCUGGCUAGGGUGCUGCCAGUGUAUAUGAUAUGUAUCACGUGAAUGCAUUUAGCACGGCGCAACUCGUUUGUCUUCACGUCAUUCGCUUUCGUAGCACACCGGUAAGUCUCUAGUGUAGCUUGUAGAAUUUGUAAGACCCUCACGCCGGGGGCACGUGGGCGGAAUCAGUCUUACUACUUUCAAUUUCAUGCUUUUGCUCUUCAAUAGAUAAAGAUGCUGGUUUACUAGUACUACUUAUUUAUUUACUACUACUACUACUACUAAUCUUACUAAUCCUACUAAUCCUACUAAUCGAUCCCACUUUUCUUCCUUCUCCUGCUACUCCUACUCCUCCUGCUACUCCUGCUGGGACUCCUACUACUCGCGCUACUCUUAUUACCAUCUUUUGGACGGUCGUGCCCCAUAGGUUAACUAUUAAACCCUCUAACAUAAAAGACCCGGACGCCGCAGAGAAAGCGGAUCAACUGUCGAAGAACUUGAAG